AAAAAUAAACCAAGAAAACAUGAUCUUAAGAUCUGAAGCCAGGUGAGUCCUCCUCUCAGAAAACUCUUCAACACCUGAUCAGUUUGUUCAGAUGAUAAAGAUGCUGCAAACUGAAGGACAAUUCCCCAAUUUCACUUAAAUCUGUUUCAUGAGCAACUACUUCUUGAUCCCUUUACCCGAUCGGUUUCUGGAACUCCACAGGAACUGAGGUUUUUUUCACGUGUGAGACGUCUCUUAGUCAAUUUCAGAGGAAAAGUGAGGCUGGGAUCUGAGCGCACGCAUCAGCUGGUUUUGACCACACUGAGGCAGCGCUCACCUCUGCGCAGGACAACCUUUGAUCUCCAUAAAGCCGGGCAGAGUCUCUGUCUCCGGUGGUUCCAGAGGAGUCGGUGUGAGUGUGAGGAGCGCCGUCGCCGUCCUCCACACAGAGCCCAGCUUUGCAGAAAGAGAAGGGAGGGGCGUUCAGGGGUGCAUAGUGGCUGCUUAUCAAGUGAGCUCGGUUAAAGGUGAGCAUUGAGGGCGUCGAUGAUACGUAGAGCUGGGCGGGGAGGGUAUCUGCGGGCCACUCCUGGCUUUAAUUUUUUUUUUUCUUUUCCACAGGGCAAAAUGAAGACAGAAUAUGCCUUAGAGAAGAACAGCAGUCGACGAGCUUCGUUUACAGACGACGGUUUCCGGUGGAGAACCGGAUCCGAGGUCUCCUACCCCGAACAAACCCCCGACGUGGACAAUGGCAGACCUCGCCACCGUUUGUUCGGGAAAUACCACCAAAGCAUUCAGACCCUGAAGCCGCUCCGCUGGUCCUCCUCACAAUCAAACCCGGUGGACAACGCCGGCUUCCUGUCCUUUGUGACCUUUGCCUGGAUGACCCCCAUGAUGUGGGCCAUGUUCAGGAACAGGCUGGACUUCUCCUCGCUUUGUCUGUCUCAGUUUGACGUCGCAGACUCCAGCGGAGAGAGACUGUGGAGGCUGUGGGAGCAGCAGGUGGAGCAGAAGGGUCUGCAGAAAGCCUCUCUGAUUCGGGCGGUCCUUCGCUUCCAAAGAACCAGACUGAUCCUGUCGGUCAUCAUCGGGAUCCUGGUCAUGACUGCAGCCUUCAUCGGCCCUGCCGUUCUGGUCAACGAGAUCUUGAAGUACAUCGAGAACCCAGGCGGCUCCUCUGUGGCGUUCGGCGUCGGUUUGGCCGUGGCUCUGUUCACCUCCGAGUUCUUCAAAGCCUUUUUCAUUUCUCUGCUGUGGGCGGUCAACCUGCGCACCGCCGUCAGGCUCAAAGGGGCGUUCUCCACCAUGGCCUUUCAGAAAGCCAUCUCUCUGAGGGUUCACAGCGACGUUUCCAUGGGAGAGAUGAUAAACGUCUUAACCAAUGACGGCCACAGACUGUUUGAGGCGGUUCUGUUUGGCAGCUUCACUCUGUCCACGCCGGUGCUCUUCGUCGCCUGCAUCGUCUACGCCUGCUACAUCCUCGGCUACACCGCCCUGACCGGCGUCUGCAUCUACCUCAUCUUUGUGCCCGUCCAGUUUAUGUUGGCCAAACUUAUUAAUAAGUUCCGCUGGAGAGCCAUCCUCAUCACUGACAACCGCGUUCGCACCAUGAACGAGAUCCUCAACAGCAUCAAACUCAUCAAGAUGUACGCCUGGGAGGAGUCCUUCGAGGAGAAGAUCGCAGAGUUGAGGAAAACGGAGAAGAAGCAGAUUCGUCUGUUCAGCUACGUCCAGAACACGAACACCAGCGUCACCAGCAUCGUCCCCACGAUGGCCACCGUGGCGACCUUCCUGGUGCACACGCUGAUGGGUCUGGAGCUCAACGCCUCAGACGCCUUCACCACCAUCGCCAUCUUUAACUCCAUGAGGUUCUGCCUGGCUCUGCUGCCUCUGUCGGUGAAGUCUCUGGCUGAGGCGGCCGUGUCCAUCUCCCGCCUGAAGAAGAUCCUCCUGAUCCAGAACCCGGAGCCGUACCUGCUGCAGCAGAAGAACAGCGGCUCAGCCGUGGUGAUGAAAGACGCCUCGCUGUCCUGGACCAAACCGGAGCCCGCCGAGGGGGCGGAGCAUCAAACGGGGAUGGACGCCCCACCGACCCUGAGGAACAUCUCCUUCACGCUGCCGAAGGGAAACCUGCUCGGCGUCUGCGGGAACGUCGGGAGCGGAAAGAGCUCGCUGAUCUCCAGCAUUUUGGAGCAGAUGCACCUCCUGCAGGGAACCAUCUCAGUGGACGGGAAGUUCGCCUACGUUUCCCAGCAGGCCUGGAUUUUCCACGGAUCAGUUCAAGAAAACAUUCUGAUGGGGGAGCCAAUGGAUCAGACCAAGUACGAGCGGGUUCUGGAUGUCUGCAGCCUCAGAGCCGACCUGCAGAUUCUGCCGUUUGGUGAUCAAACUGAGAUCGGGGAGCGGGGGCUGAACCUGUCAGGGGGGCAGAAGCAGAGGAUCAGCCUGGCCCGAGCCGUCUACUCCAAUAAAGACAUCUACCUGCUGGACGACCCGCUGUCCGCCGUCGACGCUCACGUGGGGAAACACAUCUUUGAGGAAUGCAUCAAGAAGGAGCUGCAGGGAAAAUCCGUCAUACUUGUGACACAUCAGCUCCAGUAUCUGGAGUUCUGCGAUGACAUCCUGCUGCUGGAGGACGGAGAGGUCCGGGAGGCGGGGAACCAUCAGAACCUGAUGAACGCCGACGGCCGCUACACUCAGCUGAUCAGCAACUACCAAAUGGAGAAGUCUAAAGCGCAGAAGGAGGAGGAUCCGUCUGAAGAUGCUGAGAAGUUGAAGGAGGCGGAGCUGAGAGAGCGUGCAGACAGCGGCAUCGUUAAUCCAGGCUUCGACAUGUCAGACGAGAAGAAUCAGGACGAGGCUGCUGACCAGAACUCUGCUGUGAAGAACGGUGACCAGCUGGUCAGUCAAGAGUCCUCAUCGGAAGGAUCCGUCUCCUGGAGGAUCUACCAUCAGUACUGCCAGGCAGCUGGAGGUUACUUCAUGACCUUCCUGACCAUCCUGAUCAUCGUGUUGAUGAUCGGCUCCACUGCCUUCAGCAACUGGUGGCUGAGCUACUGGCUGGGACAGGGUGACGGGUCUGCUUUGAACUCCACCUCAGACCAGAACAAUGUCUCCUACUCUUCAGACCAGGGCGAUGUCUCCAAAAACCCAAAUCUGCACUUCUACCAGACCAUUUACGGCGUGAUGGUUAUCGUCAUGGUGAUACUUGCUACCUUUAAGUGCUUCAUUUACACUCACGUCACUUUAAGAGCUGCAUGCAAGCUUCAUAACUCCAUGUUUAAGAAGAUUAUUGGGAGUCCAAUGAGCUUCUUUGACACAACACCAACUGGUCGCAUUUUGAACCGCUUUGCCAAAGACCAAGAGGAGGUGGACACGGUCCUUCCUAUCCACAUGGACCCUUUUUUACAGUUUUGUCUGCUCGUCACAUUCACCAUCAUCAUCAUCUCCGCAGUCUUCCCGCUGAUGCUGGUGGCAGUGGUCAUUAUAGGAGCUUUGUUCACCAUCAUCCUCUUUAUCUUCCAAAGAAGCAUCCGUCAAAUGAAGAAGAUGGAGAACGUCAGUCGAUCUCCGUGCAUCUCCCUCACUACCUCCACCCUGCAGGGCCUCAGCACCAUCCACGCCUACAACACCAAAGACAGUCACGUCAAACUGUUCAAAACCCUCAACGACAUCAACUCAAAUCACUUCUUACUGUUUCACUCUGGCACUCGGUGGCUCUCCUUCUGGCUGGACUUCAUGGCUUGCACCAUGACGUUGUUGGUGUCUCUGUUUGUGGUCCUUAGUAGCAAUGAAGUCAUUAAUCCCACCUUAAAAGGCCUGGCAAUCUCCUACACCAUACAGUUAACAGGUUUGCUCCAGUAUGUUGUGAGACAGUCAACAGAGGUUGAGGCCCGGUUCAACUCAGUGGAGCGACUCCUGGAAUACAUCACGGACUGCAAGUCUGAGGCUCCCAGGCACAUUAGGGACGCUCAGAUCCCAGAGGAUUGGCCCAAAAGCGGCUCCGUCACCUUCAAAGACUACAAGAUGAAGUACCGAGAAAACACCCCCAUCGUUCUCAAUGGGCUCGAUUUCACCAUCCAACCUGGGGAGAAGCUUGGCAUUGUGGGACGUACAGGCUCAGGGAAGUCCUCUUUAGGCGUCGCUCUGUUCAGAAUAGUGGAGCCAGCCGCAGGAACCAUCCUGAUCGAUGGCGUGGACAUCUCAGCUAUCGGCCUGAAGGACCUGCGCAGCAAACUGUCCAUCAUCCCGCAGGACCCCGUGCUGUUCAUCGGCACAGUCAGAUACAACCUGGACCCCUUUGAUAACUACACUGAUGAGGAGAUCUGGGAGGCUCUGGAGAAGACCUACAUGAAGGACUCGAUCUCCAGGCUGGAGGAUAAACUGCAGGCCAAAGUGUUGGAGAACGGAGAGAACUUCUCUGUCGGCGAGAGGCAGCUGAUCUGCAUGGCUAGAGCACUUCUGCGCAACUCCAAGAUUAUCCUCUUGGAUGAGGCGACGGCUUCAAUCGACGCAGAAACGGACGCUCUGAUCCAAAACACCAUCAAGGAGGCCUUCCACCACUGCACCAUGCUCACCAUCGCGCACCGCAUCAACACCGUCAUGCACUCGGAUCGGAUCCUGGUCAUGGACACAGGCGAGGCAGCAGAACUGGACCCUCCGGAGGUGCUGAGGCAGAGACCCAACUCCCUGUUCUCCUCACUCGUCGCUGCAGCCAACACUGUAAACACGUGAUGCGGCACCACAGUUACUGUAAUCUGGAUUGAUAAUCUUGUUUGUGGUGUAACUGAGUACAAAGAAUCAGAUUUUAUUGCACAUUUGUGCACAAAGAUGUGUUCAAAUCUCUAAUCUGUUGUCACAAACAGACUAUCUUGUUUUCUUUAGGUUUUCACCUCCUACUGAAUCUGCUUUGUAUAUUUAAAUAUUUAUUUUGCAUGGCUUCCUGCGCGAUACGUGCAGUACUUUGGAAGAAACCGCAAACAAGAAUCUGUGGACACAUCCGAUACUACAUUUACCGACUGCAAUAAAUAGGAAUAUUUCAUUUUAAAACAUUGUGGAAAUUUAUUUGAGCAAUAAAUUGGGGGGCGUUUUUUCUCAGGCACAAGAACAGAUUGUUGGGAAAUUUGCAGAAGUUGUCUCUUUUAAGAAAGAUUUUCAUGUAUUCUAAACCCAGCCAUUUUGAUCGGACGCAAAGCUUUUCCUGCUGUGAAAUCGCAUUAAACUUCUGCAUCUUUGGUUAUUGUUUUACCGUUAGACGUCCUGUCCUCCGCCACCUAUCUCAGCUCUCCACCCAUUCUGCUCACUCCUUCUACCCUCCAUGCAAACCACACUGGAUAAGCCUUAACCAGAUAUUUAUUAUCUGUGGAGGAUAAAGACAGAGAGGGAUGACUCACCUCUGAAAAAUCUUGUUAGGAGCUGAACUCGGGAGUUUUCUGCCUCUCCUUGAUGCUGAGAAGCUCAGCAGGAAAGAAAGAAAGAAAAAAGACUUUAGGAUAAAGAUGAUGGCUUAUUUUGGAAACAGUUUUAUGUUUUUAUAGGUUAAAAUAUCUGAAGCUAAGAUGCACUUAAAAGAUUUAUUAGAAAAGUAAACUUACAGUACAGCGAAAAAAAAGUGUUGAA